UGCAGAUGGCAGAAAGCUAUCUGCUGCGAAACGUCUACAAAACCAUUGACGCGUAAAUAAACAAAAACCGAGAAUUAUCGUAAAUCCUGGGGAUUCAAUGAGAUUUUCUUAAUUAUUUUUACACCUUUUUGAAAAUGUCAGACAAAAAAAGACAGGCUCUUCGUAAUUUUUAUAAUCUACCUGUACGUACACCAUCUUCAUCAACUGUUUCGACUUCUAGAUCUGUAUCCAAUGGAAGUAACCUUUACUCAAGUGAAGAAUCAAAUGCAAAAGAGAUAGAUCCUGCUUUCUCAAAUUCAGAUUUCGAUAUAAAUGUUUACUUAAAGAGUCUUCAGCAUAAGCUAUCUCCCAACGAGGUUCUGCUACGUCAAAAGCAGCUUGUAUCAUCCAUUCAAGAGAUUUCAGGAGAUCAUAAAUCUUUGGUUUAUAAUCACUAUACGCAUUUGCUACACGCUAGUUCUGCUAUCGAAUCACUUUCAAAGGAUUUGAACGAUUUGCUUCCGGAACUCCAAAAAUUCGAAGAAGAACAAGUUGAUGGUCCAGUCAUGGCUUCCGAGAGCUCUUCUUCCUAAUGAGUUUCAUUUGUACUGUUCGACUGCGAUAUUGAAUGAUAAAUCUACCGUUUCAUAAUUCUUCUAGAGACUCCAAUUCCUCGUUCGUCGUUCCUCCUUCAAGCGUUCUUCUAAAGUCUUAAUAUUUCCGCUUAAUUCUCUCUUUCUUUUUAUUUUCUUAUAUACAUUUGCUUUUUUUCCAAACAUCGGUUUAAUCGUUGGGUCACGGUAGAGUUCGGUAU